GCAAUGGACCUCACCACGACCGUUGCUGUAUUUAUAAUGAAAGCAACUUGGUGGAUGGUGUUUAUUGUCUCCCAAUAGGACACUGGAUUGAGGCCACUGGGCACACCAAUGAGAUGAAGCACACAACAGACUUCUAUUUUAAUAUUGCAGGCCACCAAGCCAUGCACUAUUCAAGAAUUCUACCGAAUAUCUGGCUGGGGAGCUGCCCUCGUCAAGUGGAGCAUGUAACCAUCAAACUGAAGCAUGAGUUGGGGGUUACAGCUGUAAUGAAUUUCCAGACUGAAUGGGAUAUUGUACAGAAUUCCUCAGGCUGUAACCGCUACCCAGAGCCCAUGACCCCAGAUACCAUGAUCAAGCUCUAUAAGGAAGUAGGCUUGGUCUACAUCUGGAUGCCGACCCCAGAUAUGAGCACUGAAGGCCGAGUUCAGAUGCUGCCGCAGGCCGUGUGCCUCCUCCACGCACUGCUCGAGAACGGACACGUCGUGUACGUGCACUGCAACGCCGGGGUGGGCAGGUCCACCGCCGCCGUGUGCGGCUGGCUCCAGUACGUGAUGGGCUGGAGCCUGAGGAAGGUGCAGUACUUCCUCAUGGCCAAGAGGCCGGCUGUGUACAUUGAUGAAGACGCCUUGGUCCGGGCGGAAGGUGAUUUUUUUCAGAAAUUUGGGAAGGUUCGUUCUUCCAUAUGUAGUGUGUAGAUGGCCCAUCUGCCUCCCCACCCUCCCAAUGUCCUUGGGAACCCGGUUUCCUAAAGUGACGUCAGUGGAAUGUCCUCCAAACAAAGAUCCCACCAGAACUGAAAAGACUGGUCACUUGGCUUUUCGCACAGCCCGCCCCCAUAUGUCUGGGUCUAACUUUCUAUUAUGCUUUGGUUGGACUGCAUUUUCUUUGAAAUAUUGUACAAUGGAAGCUAUGAGAAAAAGCCACAAGCAAUUGGGCCGUGCAGUGUCCUAGCAAAAGACAGAAAAGUAAUGCGUGAAAUUCCUGUUGCCCGCCCACAGACCAGCCCUUCGCUUUACAGAUGCUGGAUUUGUUGUGUGACUUAACAACCACACGUUCUUGCUGCAUUGUAAUGUGACAGGCAAGGCUGUAGAUUUGAUUACUUGUGUGUUCAUACACACGCGGGGGCACGCGCACACACAGACACACGCAUUGCUUUCCCGUUCAGCUGAAUUGAAAUGACAAAACGAGAGGUGCUCAGUUGCCGGAGAAGGGAAUGGGGGAGAGGCCUGGACUGUGAGAGAGGAAGAGCUCACAUGACUGAAGUGAUGGCUUUCUAGACUUCCCGUUGGCAUCCUGCUUCACAGUUGUUAAGUUGGCUCCCGGGAAUCCCUUCCUUCUCCACCCACAGCCUGUGUGACAACCACGGUAGUGACUGUCUCUCUGCUUGUUGCAACUGAGGCUCAAGGAGCACUGACAGCUUGCCCAAGGUCUCAUGGUGAGUCAGGGGCCAGCUGGUGUUUAAGACCCACGUGUAGGUGACUCAGUGCUUUCAACACAACUUGUCAUUUCGGCCAAUGUAGUGGAUUCUGUUUCUCUUAGAACAAGGUCAGUUUUUCUGCAGCAGUUUCUACAGUGAGAAAUGGAACAUCAUUGUGAUUCAUUGCCAAAGACUUUGGGAAAGUGGUUAUGUUUUGUGCAACUUGAUUUCAAACAUGGUAGGCUGUCUCCGCACCCAAGUGGCCUGAGCCAUAGCGCAAGAGAGGAGCCGUCCUGCCAAAAGAACCCAAAUCUAUGAAUAACUAUUGGACAGCGUAGGAGUGAUCCUGUUUCAGCCCUCAGUUUAAAACUCUCCAUAGUUACUGUGCCACCAGGAUACGAGACAUUGUACCCUAAGUUUCAUAAAAAGUACGAAGAUCACACAGAAACAGCCCUGUGUUCAAUCAACCACACCGCGGGAUUGAGCCAGGAAUGAUAUGCCAGAACAGGGGAAGGAGAAGUGACUUUAUUGUGUGUCUCCUAUGUGCCAAGUGCUUUGCAAUUCUAAUUUAACCUUCACAGCACCCUCUGAGGAUGGUUCCUUACUUCCCAUAUACAGACAAGGAAACGAAGGCUCAGGUACUUAAACCAACUGCCCAGCAGCACAUGGUGAAUAAAUAGAUGAAAUGAAAUACAAAGCUCGGUUUGUCUGAUUCAAUGCCUAUGCUUUUCCUAUUAAACUACAAUGCCUGUUUACUUUU